GCUUGCUGGCUCUCUGGUGCGCUCCGCGCCACAGGCACCUGCUCGCCCAGCGCUGGGCGCUCAUUUCCCUCUCUCACACUGCGGACUCCUGGUCUUCACUGUCACCUGGCUUUGCUUCUGGCCGGGACACAGCGCUCCGCCCUUCUCGCAGUCCCCUGGCGCCCAUCCACCCGCCAUGGCCCGGGUCUGGGCCAAAGAGUGGUGUGGCUCGUGGCCCAAACCUGGGUCUGCGCGCCGCGGUUGAGCGCCCACUCGCCUUGCGGAGAGCCGGGAAGAAACCGGCGGGGGCGGCGGCGGGAGAGCUCGGCGGGAGCCGGAGGAGGUGGCAGUCGGGAGCCCAGCCAGGAGACCGGGAAGCAGAAGCUGGUAGCUCUCUGGCACUUACCCGGUUCUCCAAGGAUGGGUCCUGGCGCAGCCCGGCUACUGCCCGGCCCGCCGGGCAGAAACUGAACUGCGGACCCCCCAUUUUCCUGUGAACCACCGGACCGAAGGAGGUACCGACUAAAGGAGCCUCCUGGCCGGACCUCGUCUCCUGUACCCCGAGCGCAGCGCCCCCCGCCUGACCCGCGCCCGGCUAGCCCUCAAGAAAGCCGGAUUGAUUGGCGGCCGGCGGCGGCCAGGGGAGGGGGCGCCGUGCCGGGCCAUGGCAGGCUCCGAGGAGUCCUAGCCCGAACUCAAGCCGGAGCCGAGCCCACGCUGCUGCAGCCGCCGCCUCUCCGCGCCGGGCCCCCGCCGCCGCCGCAACCCUGCGGGAGAUGGAACAGCGGAACCGGCUCGGCGCCCUCGGAUACCUGCCGCCUCUGCUGCUGCACGGCCUGCUGCUCUUCGUCGCCGACGCUACAUUCACCGAAGUCCCCCAAGAUGUAACCGUGCGGGAGGGAGACGAUAUCGAAAUGCCCUGCGCAUUCCGGGCCAGCGGAGCCACCUCAUACUCGCUGGAGAUUCAGUGGUGGUACCUUAAGGAACCUCCCCGGGAGCUGUUACACGAGCUGGCGCUCAGCGUGCCGGGCGCCCGGAGCAAGGUAACAAAUAAGGAUGCAACUAAAAUCAGCACCGUGCGUGUCCAGGGCAAUGACAUCUCGCACCGCCUUCGGUUGUCUGCUGUACGACUGCAGGAUGAAGGAGUUUACGAGUGUCGUGUGUCGGACUACAGCGACGACGACACUCAGGAACACAAGGCCCAGGCAUUGCUGCGCGUGCUGUCGCGCUUCGCACCGCCCAACAUGCAGGCUGCUGAGGCAGUGUCCCACAUUCAGAGCAGUGGCCCACGUCGACACGGAGCCCCCAGCGCUGUCAGCUCCAGUAACACAGGUGCCACUGCCCGCACCACCUCUGAACCCGGGCACAGCGACAAGAACGCACUUCCUGGGAGCCCUCCUGCUGUACCAGAAGUUCCAGAGGCCGCUGCCGCUGCCGCUGCAGCUGCCGCUGCAGCUGCCGCCGCUGCUUCUGCGACCCACACAGCCACCACCACUGCUGCAGCAGCUGCUGCUGCUUCAUCAGCGUCACCGCCAACGGGCCAGGCAGUCCUUCUGCGCCAGAGGCACGGUUCCGGUACUGGCCCUGGCUACAGCGCAGACCCUCUGCUGUCUCUGCUCUUGUUAGCACUGCAUAAGUUCCUGCACCCACUGCUGGGGCACUGACAGCCAUAAAACCUCAGUAGGCACCCUGGGAGGACACCUUGCCACAUGGACACAGGGACCAAGGGAAGCAUGAAGAAGUCCAUGCAGAAAUAAAUAAAUCAUAUUUUUGGGGAAGUAAUACAAAUUUAGAAGACUUAAAAUAACGCAUCAAGUUUCCAAAUAGGAUGGAGUGCAGGCCGUGCAGUGUGCAUGGGGUGCUGAGUACUCCACGGCCAUGUACAAUAUAUUUUUCUUUCCUUCACAUUCCCUCCGAAUCUUCAUUUUGCACGAACUGUUGAGCAGGUACUUUGAGGAUAAUAUGUAAAAAAAAUGUCGGGUCAAAGCCUUUCUGACAAAGUAAAAUAUUUUUAGGAGAUUAUUGUGUUUAGAAAUUUUUUUGAAUUUACAUUUUCUUUGGGGGCUUUUCCUUUAUUAAAUUAUUUCUUUGGAGACAUUUUGAUUAAAAAGAAACAUCAUAAUUAAAACUCACUGUCAAUAUUUAUUUUUAAAUAAAGAUUGGAAACAAGGGUAUAGUUGUUUAUAAACUGUACUGUAUAUUACUGAAUAACAGUUGAAUAAAAAAAAAGCCUUUUAAAUAGA